CGCCGCCGCCAGCCCCGUCCUUGCCGCCGGCCCGGGGAGCGCUCGUCCGCGCCGGGCAGCGUCGUCGUUGCGGCCCCGCGGCCAUGGCCACCAAAAUCGACAAGGAGGCCUGCCGCGCUGCGUACAACCUGGUGCGGGACGACGGCUCGGCGGUCAUCUGGGUGACUUUUAAAUAUGACGGCGCCACCAUCGUCCCCGGAGAGCAGGGAGAGGAGUACCAGCGCUUCGUCCAACAGUGCACAGAUGACAUCCGGUUGUUUGCCUUCGUGCGGUUCACCACCGGGGACGCCAUGAGCAAGAGGUCCAAGUUCGCGCUCAUCACGUGGAUCGGCGAGAACGUGAGCGGGCUGCAGCGUGCCAAAACCGGGACGGACAAGACGCUGGUGAAGGAGGUGGUGCAGAACUUUGCCAAGGAGUUUGUGAUCAGCGAUCGGAAGGAGCUGGAGGAAGAUUUCAUCAAGAACGAGCUGAAGAAGGCAGGGGGAGCCAACUACGAUGCCCAGACCGAGUAGCGCAGCCCCGCCGCCCCUCCAGAGCCUUCUGCCGCCCGUUCCUGCUCCACAGGGGGGGACCGCCUCGCUGCCAGCCCACCAGCCCACCAGGGAGAGAAGCCACGAGAGGCCACGCCCACCCAUGUCGCACCCCGAGCCCCCCCCAGCCCCUCCUGGCCCCGCCGUACUCCCGUUCACGAAGCUCACGAGCAUCUUUCUUGGAUCACUCUUUGUCCUUUCCCCUCUGCGUCAUUCUAAAGGAAACGCAUGUGGAUGUCACAGACACACAUCAUCAGGCUCAGAUGUCAGGGUCUCCCGUGGACCCUGCUUUCCCUUCCAUCUCUCGCGCACUCACCGUGGCCACCCAGGGCCAGGCCCGGAUGCCACCCUGGGCCCCAGGGCAGCGUCCGCCGACUCCAGCCUCAUGAGAUCCCCUCCUCCCACCCUAGUCCAGCCGUCAGCCCAGACCUUCUAGAAUUUGCUUCAGGUUGCCUACGCUCCACAUCCAGCAGGCAGUAUUGCCCAGUGAAAUUCAGGCCUGGCUCAGACUAAUAAACGGUAAACAUUUGCCUUAAAACUUGCCCGUCGGCGGCACAAGGUGUAAAACCACCCUUUUGGUGGACACCCGGCCUCGACGCGGCGGGUCCAGUGGGGGGCAGCGGAGCCUGGCAGGGUGAGCCUGACACCACGGCCGGCCCGCCAGGAGAGGGACUUGAAGUGGAGAAGUCCCUCGGGAGCCGGGCCCAGGGGCCCCGCUAGCCACCACCCAGGCUGUCUGUGGUGUGAAUCCCGGGCCCCCCCAUAAAGUGAAAAGCAGAGCUUGGUUUUGCUUGUAAAGAAAGAUGAGAGUGGCUUGGUUGUUCAGGAGCACAUUUUCCUAGUUUCCUGGGUGUCCCCGCUCCUUUUAUUUGGGGGAAGAAAACGUACUGUACUGUACUGGGGUUGUGACGAUCAUCUCUGGCAUUCAAACGGUUUACAGAAAUAAAUGUUUUUCAAAAAAACCCA